GAACACAGGCACUUCCGGUGUUUCUCCAACAAUUCCCGCUGCUUCUCUUCCUCCUCCUCGGAAGGCUGUGGCUGCCGCUCCAGCGUCCUGUCCUCCGGGGUCGCUUGCUCCAUCCCCUGAACAACACUGCCUCCAUCCAUCUACCUGUUUGCGUGCGUGGUUGUUUUGUUUUUUAACCGUUUUCCGCCUUCUUUCAGGACCAGCGCUAUUUUUCCAGCCUCACAAAUUCCACGCCCCUUGAAGCUCAAAUGUCGCGCACGCGCAACGCUGACUAGCUCCCCAGUAUGAUCAGCCCUUGAAGUUUCUGUGCUCACAACCUUUACCCGACCAAUGUCAUUGUAGGAAGCUAAAGAGAUUACACCGCACCGUGGGCGUGAAUUCGAAAAGGCUGCGAAUGUUCGACGGAUGGAACGUCGAGUAGCAAGUUUUAGAACGCCAGAAACAAAGAAAGGGCGCAGGAGGCGAGGAUCAAAGACGUGUCAAUAGGCGCUCUUCCUGUUCUGUGCGGACCCUGAAAUCCGAGGGGGCCUUUUUCUCUUUGAUGCUAACAGAUCCUGCUGCUUUGCAACUAUCGUGACUUGGCAGUUCGGAGAGCCCCUAAUUAACGGACUGCAGAGGCUUGGUUAGCGUCUUGCUCAAGAGGAGGACCAAACUUUGAAUCAUGACGAGUCACCUCACGAUCCAAGCUCUCCGCGUGGUGAUGAAAGCUGUUUUAGAGUCUCCCGGCUUUGAUCGCGUGUUAAAUAAGAUGACUGUUCUCUCUGCCAGUCCUGGAAAAAUUGUCUGUGAAAUGAAAGUUGAAGAAGAGCACACAAACAGAGGUGGAACUCUGCAUGGAGGACUGACGGCGACUCUGGUAGAUGUUGUGUCGACAGCUGCUUUACUGUACACUGAAAGAGGAGCACCUGGAGUCAGUGUGGAUAUGAACAUCACCUACAUGUCGGCAGCCAAGAUUGGAGAGGAAAUCCAGAUCACUGCUGAGAUUCUGAAGCAAGGAAGAAAUCUGGCCUUUGCCAAUGUGGAUUUAACUAACAAAGCAACAGGAAAAUUGAUAGCCCAAGGGAGGCAUACCAAAUACCUGGGACAAUCAUAGGAGGAAGUGAUCACUUUAUUUGAAAAUCUUGAGGGUUUGAAAAAAAGAAUGGAGUAACGUUACACAAGAAGAUGUCUUUUUGAAGUGCGCCUAUUGGGGAUGAAAUAUCAUCAUCUGAAUCCUGCUUAAGUUGAUGGUCUAACUUCAGAUUUAUUAUUCUGUGUGAACUUUAUUGUAAGCCAUCUCUGGUGGAUUGGAGGGGGGCUCUGUGUGAGUGUCCAUGUAAGUGCACAUGCCAGGAAGCAGGAUACAAAUGUAAAUGGUAAUAACUUACCACCACCAGAAAAAUGUGUGGUAUAGUUAGUGUUGGUUUGAUUCCUGAAGCACUGAAGAGAAGGAUACAAAGAAAAGUUGGGUGUUUUUCUGCCGGAACUUAAUGCUCCCUCAUCUGAGAUUAGGGUGCCACUUGAGGGGAAGAUUCCAAUGCUGACGCCUAUGGCUUCAUAUUUUGGGGUUGGAUCCAGAGUUCCUGAGUGAACCUCUGCUUACAGGAUGCUUUCGCUGGAGGAAGGAGGUUGCUUGGAAGGGCUGAGGAACUCACUAGCACAGUGUGUGAGGUGGUGCUGAGGGCUGGAGGUGAAACACUUCCUCUUCCUCCACCACCCCCUUCCUCGAGCAGGAGCCCCUGCUAAAUCUCAGGCCCUUCUGUAAAUGGACGGUGUCCUCCUGUUUGCAGAUGGGCAGCUCUGGAUCCAACUGGGAAUGUGUGCAGGUGCUCCAGGUGACUUCAGCAUUGCUCCCUUCAGCAAAAGUGCUUGGACUGGCCUGUAUGUACUUUGAAUUCAGUGUUGAAUAAAUGCCAAACCAAUUAAGUAAAAACCACUUCUUUCUCCUCUGUUAACUUGCAGAUUGAUACGUAUUCAUUAUUACUGAACUGUGUAAAGUUAAUAGAUUCUAAAAGGCCACUACUAUUUCCAAAUUAGUGUAUCUAAAGCAUGAGCAUUUUGCUAAAAGGAAGUUCAGUAGGGUGAGAACAUGCCAACUUUCAAUAAAUUUGGUUUUGUGGAA